AUGUUAUUGAAACUUAAAGAAUGGAUUGUCUCACAAUACAAGACAGUGGAAGAAUAUAAUGACCUACCAGGACAGGAUGUUUUGUUGACUGAUCGCUACACUCAGCUGUUGAUCAUUGAGAAACACAGACGGCAAGAGGAAAGAGAGAAGGAGAUGCGAACCAGGGGAGCAGGGUUCUUUGAUGCCAGACAGAAAGAAUAUGAAAGUAUUACUGUGGACCAGCUCUUUAAGCCUGAUGAUCGUGGAGAUGUUCCCCAAACAGUAAUUCUCCAGGGCAACUCUGGACAUGGCAAGUCCUUCACCGCUCAGAAGAUCAUGUUGGACUGGGCCUCAGGAAGCCUCUACCAGGAUCGAUUUGAGCUUGUUUUACACCUCAGCUGCAAGGAACUCAACCACCUGUACAACGAAGGGGAACAGAGUGUUGUAGAUCUUGUGAAUGUUGAUGAGAAAUUUAUCCCACUGGUUCAGAAGAAACUGAAGGAAUCACCACAGAAGGUGCUUCUCCUUAUUGAUGGAUUCGAUGAGCUGCAAUUCCCAGUGAGUGAACUCCGCAAGUGUCCUGUGAAAGACCUUUCCACACCAGCUCAGGUUGAUGCCAUUGUGGGCGCUCUGCUGAAGGGGAGCAUCCUUUCUGAGUGCCACCUGUUGGUCACCACCAGGCCUACUGCUUCAGACAAACUGAACAAGCUGCUCAAACGUCCUUUGCGUUGCACUGAGAUCCUGGGCUUCUCUGAGGAGGGCGUACAUGAUUACUUCAAGAGGUUCUGUAAGGAUGAGCAGUUUGGGGAGAAGACACUUGGCAGCGUGAAGGAAAAUGAAACUCUCUACACCUCCUGCUUCAUCCCUGUCAUCUGCUGGAUUGUCUGCACUGUAUUUAGGGAGCAUAUGGAAAAGCACAUAGAUGUGACUAAGGGUUUAGAAACAACCACAUCGAUAUUCGUCCGCUUUGUGUCAAUUCUGCUGAAGCACCACUGCCAGGGUUUGAAGCAGCCUGUGCCAGAUCUGCUGAGGAGCCUUGGCCAGCUGGCAGAGAGUGGGAUACAGAAGCAGCAGGUACUAUUCGACAAGAAGAGUGUGGAGGGCACAGUCUCAGAUCUCACCAGUGUUCCAUUCCUGUGUAAAUUCCUGCUGAAGGAGACGGUGGGAACAAAGGAAAUGUUCAGUUUCAUGCAUCUCAGCUUCCAGGAGUUCUUCACGGCACUUCACUACACCCAAGACGAAGAGAGGGUGAAAGAGCUGCUUACACUAAUGGAGCAACAGGAAGGCAAAACCCAUCUCCUACCUGUCAUUCAGUUCCUCUUUGGUCUUGCAAAAGUGAAGGUGGUGCAAGAUCUAAAGGACCUUGAGUUGACCACCAACAUCUGUUUGGAAAAACAUCUGAAAGAGUGGGUGGUUAAACUCAUUAAAAAGAAAGAUGGCAGAAAGAUGCUCUUCACUCUCCACUGUCUGUAUGAGCUCCAUGAUGAGGACUUUGUGAGGACAGCAAUGGCGAAGUGGGAGAAGGUGAAGUUUGAGUCCAUCCCCCUGACGAGGGCAGACUGCUGGGUGCUGCUGUACUGCCUGCAGUGCUGCCCCACCAUCCCAAGCCUGACGCUCUCAGAGUGCAAUAUCACACCAGAUAAGCUGAGAAUGCUGCAGCCUGCAUUACGCAAAUGCCAGGAGCUGGGAGUGUGGAAUAGCAUCCUUUCAGAUGAGAGUGUGCAGCAGAUCCUCACUGCUGUCUCCAAGCAGAAGAGUGUGGGUACAGUUUGGCUCUCUGUGAAGACCAUCACCCUCCAUACUGCUCAGAAUAUUCUCAACUUCAUGAAGAGCACACCUGCUGCAGAGCAUGUGAGAUGGCUGAGGAUGGUGAUGUGUUCCAGGCAUCCAGAGAAUCCUGGAAUCUCCCCCUUAUGGAUCGAGGUGUUAACAUAG